CUUCUUCACCUUCUUCUUUUUCUUCUCCGUCUUCUUCGACCGACCCCUUCCUUUCAUCUGGUCAUUCUCCUGUAUUCGAAACUGCUACAUCCUCUUAUCACACCAAAGCGGACACCGCAUCACACCCACCCUGGCCUUUGGCAUCUGUUACCAACUCCAUGUCAUCUCGUGGCAGAUCUCCAUCUCACGUUCAUACACAUCAAAUCUAUACCAACUUCGGGACCAACUUAUUUCUUUCAUCAUCUACUUUUCCAUCUCACCCAUCAUUAUCUCAUCCAUACCCACAUUCCCAGUCAAGAUAUUCCUAUCUCACCUCAUAUCCCUCAUCUACCCCUUCUCUAUCUUCAUUUUCAUCCUCCACGUUGCUCCCCUCUUCGCCUCCUCCGAUAUCUUCAUAUUUCCCACCUUUCUAUUCGUCUACAUCUACGUUCGUUUUACCUUCCUCAUCUUCCUACGCUUCUCCCGUGUCCAUCACGUCAUCAAGUGCAUCUACCGAGUCGACACAGUCAACACCACAAACCGAUUGUGGAGGCGAGAUCUAUCUGGUAUCAAACGACCUGGAGAAGAUCGAGUCACCCAACUACCCAAGUACCUAUCCACCGAAUCUCCAUUGUUCAUGGUUCAUCCAUGGAACUCAAGGAUCUACUAUUAAAGGGACAUUCAUCAACUUCCAUUUACACUCCCCAUCGUCAUCGGUUACUGUCUAUGAUGUUCUUGGUGGCGAUGAUCUAGCUCUGGUUCUGUCUGCUACUGGGUCAGCGCUACCGCCAUUAUUUUCAUCAUCCAACUCAAUCCAAAUAGUUUUUAUUACUGGUUCAGUUCCUCAACAGAGUGGCGGAUUUUCACUCGUCCUAGAGCUCAUAGAGACCGAUCCCGAGAACUCGACCGAUAUCCGAUCGCUUCAGGUAGAGACAUGGAUCAUCGUCCUCAUCAAUGCCAUGAUCGUUCUCCUCAUCAUCCUGACGAUCGUUUUCUUUAUAUUCCAUCGACGACCACCAUGUCGAGGUUCCAAUGUUGCCGACUACCAUGCAUGGCAGCUUAGAAGCGCCAGACCAUCAGCCAAUGGCCCAGCUCUCCCUACAGUAUCUGCAUGCUCUGGCAAUGAAAAGUCUGAUAUUGAACAAGCUUUGGGCAUUGCUACUCGAGGUCGUCCAUAUGAUAUCGAUGGUAGUCCAUUGUUACCAACUAGAAGAAUAUUCCGCCACAUCGACUGGAAAAUCGGAAAUUCACCCAAUCAUUCUUAUAACAUAGCUCGUGCACUCGAUCCAAGCAAUGAUGAUGACGACGUGGAUGACAUGGUCAUGGAAACCGUGUUCGACAAGAGGGAUGCAUACCAUCCCGAUUUCCAUCUCGACGUCAACGAAGACGCAGACGAUGUAGAAAACGGGAUAAUUGAUGGGGUCAGCGAAACGCGGGAUGAUGACGAUACAGAAAGUGAUGAUAGAGAUGAUGUCACCGACCAUGACGUAUAUCAUGUCAAUGAAGACGAUGUUGAUGUCGCAAAUGGGGACGAUGUUGAUGGGAAUGCCGGGAUUGACGACGACGAAGAUGAUGAUACUAGUAUCGGUCUCGAUGAGUUUAUGAUUGAUAUGUUAAGAAAGAAAGACAGAGGAAAUGAAAUUGGCUGCACCAUCACAGAACCCCAAGACGACGUACCCAAGUAAGGGGGCAUGUCGAUCGGCUAAAGACAGCAUUUAUUUUGUAGGGGGGGGGGGGAGAAAAGAGGAGCAAAUGAGGAUGCAACUUACAUCCCAAUAUAUUGUAUGAAUUAUUAUUCAUGACUUUGAAUAUGAAUCAAAUUAUGGGUGGGAAAAGCGCAUUUAGAACUCUACAAAGUGGAUGUGGUACUUUUCAGGUUACAAUAUUAUCAUGGAUUAUGGCACGAACCGAGUAACAUUGUCCACCUCAGCUGGCAGAAGUGAUUUGGGUAACAUCGUUCUGUUUGUUAAGCUUUUUCAUUCAUGUGAUAUCUCAUCUAAAGAUUGAACUCCUAAUUUAUAUUGAUGAUAUCCAUACGGGAUAAUUGGAUUAAGUCAAAUGCCUCCUCCCACCAUAGGUGAUGUCGGAGGCAUUUUGUUUUGAGCCUUUCGUUCCGUCCGUCUGUCCUGUUCUCGGACGAACUUCAAACUUCGUUCAAUUACAUGAAGUUAGCACACAUAUUUGGGUAUAUCAGGUCCUAUUGUGAAUAAAACAGACAUGACAU